GUGUAAUUUUUGUUAUUGGUUUCGAAUUAAAAAAGCAAUAAUAAUAAACCUCAAGAUUUUGAGACAAUAAAUCAAUGAUAAUAAGCAAAAAUGUUAUUAUUGGCGUUAGUCCAGUGGUGACUAUUGAAACGAAUAGGUGGACAAUAAUGGUAGUUAAUUUGAAAGCUUUCCUAAUAUUCCUAACUUUAUUGGUGGGCACCAAUGCCGCCACAACACCGUGUAAAUUGCGGGAAACCCCCGAGGGUGGGGUAUGCGUUUGCGAUGCGGAAUAUUGUGAUUAUUUGGAUGAUCCUACACCCACAAGCGAUGUUCAAUAUUCAUUGGUUUCCUCAUCAAAGGCUGGUUUAAGAUUUUCCACAACCAGUGGCCUUUUCAAUCGCUUCAGCAAACAAUUCGUUUUGGAUUACGAUCAACUUCCAAAGAGGAAUAUUGAUAAUAUAACUCUGCAUAUGAGCGAACGUGCUCCUACACGCACUGUAAGCCUCAACAUUGAUCGUGAAAAGCAAUAUCGCAAAAUUGUGGGAUUUGGCGGUUCAUUUACCGGAGCUGUGUCAUACCUAUUGGAGAAAUUACCUCAAGCUUUGCAGGACCACCUAUACAAAUCAUACUAUGCUGACGAUGGCCUAGCAUUUAACCUGAUGCGCAUGUCCAUUGGUGGCUGCGAUUUCGAUUUAGCUCCCUGGGCCUAUAACGAGGAACCAGUCAAUGAUGUCAAUCUGAGUAACUUUACCAAGCUUGAUCCACGCGAUCAAACCAAGGCGGAACAAAUCAAACGCCUCAGAAAUGUGGCCAAUCCGAAAAAUUUGCGCAUUAAAGGUGCUGCCUGGAGUGCACCGCGUUGGAUGAAGACAAAUGAUCGUUGGACCGGUUUUGGUCGUUUGAAGAAAGAGUACUAUCAAACCUGGGCCAAUUAUCAUCUGAGGUGGUUGGAGAUAAUGGAAGAAAAUGGUUUACCCAUUUGGGCCAUUUCCACCGGCAAUGAACCCAUGAAUGGCAUAUUCUUCAUGUAUUUUGUACGUUUCAUGAGCAUGGGUUGGCAUCCGUUGAGUCAGGCGGCAUGGUUAAGUGAUAAUUUGGGACCCACCAUUCGCAAUUCCAAAUAUAAAGAUUUGAUUAUUUUGGGCAAUGACGAUCAGCGUUACACCUUCCCAACAUGGUUUAAAAUGAUGAAAUUGUCGCGCCCUGAUGCUUUGAACUAUUUGGAUGGUUUUGCUGUUCAUUGGUAUUGGGAUGAGAUUUUCAAGCCCUCUUUUAUUGAUAAAACUUUGGAAUUAUAUCCUGAAAAAAUGCUCCUCAUGACCGAAUCAUGCAUUGGCGAUAAGCCUUGGCAAAAGGCUGGACCUGUGUUGGGCUCAUGGUAUCGUGGUGAGAAAAUUGCCAGAGCUUUCUUGCAGAAUUUGCAGCAUGGCUACAAUGGUUGGAUUGAUUGGAAUCUUAUUUUGGAUGAAACCGGUGGACCCAAUUAUGUAGACAAUACUGUGGAUGCUCCUGUUAUUUUAGAUACGUCAAAUCCCAAUGAAAUUUUGAAACAACCAAUGUUCUAUACCAUGGGCCAUUUCUCGAAAUUUAUUCCCGAGGGCUCAGUUCGCAUUGAUGCCAUACGCAGCAAUGUCAAUAUCGACAGUGUGGCCUAUUUACGUCCAGAUGGUUCUAUUGCUGCUGUUCUCUUUAAUAGUGGAAACGCUAUGGUGGAAAUCAACAUUGUCGAUAGUGUUCGUGGUAGUGCUAUUAUUAUUUUGCCUCCAAGGUCUAUUCAUACUAUUAUCUAUCACUAAAGAAAAGAAAAAUAAACUUAUAACCCAUAUUUAUUGAAAGAACAUAAAUAA